CACGAAUAAAUGCCCUUUCAAGGAUUUGAACCCGGGACCAUCAGCUUCGUAGGUAGGGUCACUACCCACUAGGCCAACCGGUCGUCACAACAUUAUUAAUUAAUAAAUCAACACUAAGUUUCUUUUAGAUUUUUAAUUGAGCCUAGUAACUAGACAGGUAUCUAAAGUUGAAGUUUUUGAUUCUACAAUACUUAGAGUUCAUAAUAAAAACCCGGACAAGUGUAUUCAAAUGUCCAGGAGGCAGGUACACAUGUCGACUGUGUAUGCAUAUUAAGUUCCCAAAAACAACCAAGAUGUUAUGCAUAAAGGCAGGCAUUCAAGUGUGACUGCAGGUACCACAUAAGUGACAUAAAGGCGCGGACGUGCGCUAAUACUCGCCAUUCACCACAUAAUGCAGCGGACACUGCGCACGAUUACAUGCCAAUCCACCCGCCCCCACCACCCUUCGGACCUAUUCAUUUCUUACAAUUAAUCAAAAUUAAAUCAACCACAACCCCUACACCCAACUUUCAACUUUAACACCUGAUGCUACGCUCUUAUUUCAGAUGAUGCCAUGUUGAGUAGGCGUGUCCCCCGCGAAGAAAUCUGGCCAAUAGAGUGCGGUAACAAAAUAUCCGUAUUGGCUAUUAGCAGGCCCCGCCCGCGCCGCCUGGGGGGGAUGGCGUUCCAAAUUCAAAACGUCCUAUCGCGGCGCGCACGAACGACUCUUGCGUCGUUUCAAAACCAGACUAGGUUCCCGCGCCCUAGUUCGAAAAAGUCCGUUUUGCAGGGCUGGGGUUGGUAGUUAAGGCGAUAUGAAGCUGGGCGGUAACCAGUGGGUGGUCGAGGGGGCCGGCGGCGUUUUUACACGACGGCGGGCGGUGGCGCGCACAGACGCGCUCCGAACACCGUGCCAAGCGCUCGCGUCGCGACUUCUUACAUUUCCGCGAUUUUCACCGGGGAAAAACUGGAAAAGAGGCCUAAUUUUAAUUUAUAGUAUUUUAGGAAAUUAUUAAAAAAAGUGUUAGAAAAACUUUAUUUUUUAAAGUGACUGAUUGUGACUAUGUAAAGUUAAGCUUAGUGCACACGUGCGAGCUCAAGCAUGCAGGCGAUGAGUGCAAAUUCGAGCGCUCCGCGCGCGCCCCAGCGCUCGCCGUUCGCCAUUCAAGAGUUGCUGGGCUUGAGCGACACGCGGGAAAGCCGGGAGAGAUACUUUGAGAGCCGCGACAAUGACAGAGUGCUGAAUUUGUCGGAGAGUAGAGACAGGCCGUCGUACGCGCCGCAGUUCCCGCUGCCGGCGUCCGUGGCGUCUCGCGUGGCGUACGCCGCGGCGUUCAACGCACAGGCUGCGGUGGCGGCAGCGUUCUUGCCCGCGCCGCCGCUGCUCCACCCACCACCGGGCUUCCCGCAGAUCAAGUCGCCCUACAGCCCUUCGCAGCCGCAUCUCUCAGCGGUUCGGCAAUUUUAUUCAGGAGUGUCGUCUUUGGAGGCGGCGAAAGACUUCACUGUCGACGGACUCACGGGCUACAAUGGAAAGAAGAAGAAGAAAAAACGCCGGCACAGCCGAACAAUCUUCACAUCAUACCAGCUCGACGAGCUAGAGAAAGCCUUCAAAGACGCACACUACCCCGACGUGUACGCGCGGGAGAUGCUCUCCCUCAAGACAGACCUACCCGAAGACCGCAUACAGGUGUGGUUCCAGAACCGACGAGCGAAAUGGCGUAAGACGGAGAAGUGCUGGGGGCGCUCCACCAUCAUGGCCGAGUACGGGCUGUACGGGGCCAUGGUGCGGCACUCGCUGCCCCUGCCCGAGACCAUACUAAAGUCCGCCAAGGAGAACGACACCGUUGCGCCGUGGCUACUCGGCAUGCACCGAAAAUCGCUGGAGGCGGCCCAUCACCUGAAGGAGUCAGGGUCGGAGCGCGAAGGCUCGGAGGCCGAAGGUGAUCGCGCGCACUCCGCCUCGCCGCAUGAACAUCAUGACAACCAUGAUGCGCAGGCGCAGAGCUCCCCCGCCAGCAGCACCACCGCCUCCUCCUCAGCUAAGGGCCGCGCGUCACCAGAGGGUACCUCCUACGAGGACCCUGAAGCCUUCAGGAACAACAGCAUCGCGUGUCUGCGGGCCAAGGCGCAGGAGCAUCAGGCCAGGAUCCUCUCCAACAAUAUCUUGCUGCAGGUCCGAGGCCUAGCGCGGACGCCCAGCACACCUCACGAUGACGACGGCCCCGUCGACAUCGACGUCGGCACCGAGCCGCCGCCGCUCGACCCCCACGCCCCUCCCUCCCUCUACUGACCUCUACAUUCCAACCCCGCGAUUGGUCGAACGCGCGCGCUCAUCGGUUAAGAACACUCGUGAUUAGUGGAAUUCGAAAACAUCGUUACAUUCCAACUCUGUGAUUGGUCGACGUGCGCUGAUUGGUUGACUACCAAGUUUUGUGAUUGGUGGAUUUGAAAGACCGUUACGUUCAAACGUAUUAAGUGUAAUUAUGUAAAUUAUUAAGCGUAUUUAACUAAAUCCCUAUUUUUCGUGCAAUACAUUUAGUUAAGUAUUUAUGUGUGUAGCUUGUGUUACUAUAGGCGUUGUAAAAAGUCCCAGCACUUAGAUAUUAUUGUAUAACGGUAUUUAGUUGUAAGUAAGUAAUCUUGACCGUUAUAGAUCAGUUUAACUUGAGGCAAGACUAAAACGGUACUAAAUUUAUGAAAGUGUUAGUGAAUAAGUAUUUUCAAUGUUGAAGGUUGUCAUUAAUUUUAUCAAAAUCUAAUUCGGAUACAGCCUAAUUUUUUACUUGCAAGUAGGUACGCGAAAUGUUAAAGUCACUACAUGCGUUUUGUAAUUUUUACCAACUAAGAUAAACCCCUUUACUUACAUAAAAAAAUACGCAAUUAAUUGUAUGGGAUCUAGAAACAGCGCGCCAAGCGGGACGUUUUGGAAACUCAAAAUCCGAUACAAAAUGAGACUUAACGCAAACGCGUCCGUCACGUUAAGAGACUGUCAAUACCUAAAGCGCGCACACUAUCUAUUUGCAUCGGAGUAAAUGAGAUAGCACUGUCGCAUGUUAUUGGGCCUGGGCAAGGGAAAAAUAAGAAAAAUAUUUAAAUAAAAAAAGUGGAUUAUUAGUGUAAUAUUUUACUCAACAGCGGUUUAGAUAUAAAUGUUUUGUAAUUGUGAUUUUAAUUGCAGACCCAUAAGUCAAAACAAUAAAGACAUAUAUAGAACCGUUUAAUUGUGAUUUUAAGACCAAUCUUUGCAAUUAUUGUCUAUCGAGCCGAUUUCAUUCAAUCAUGUAUCGAGUACAACCACGGUCUUUGAAAUAUAAUUAAUAUAAGCAUAUAUUUUUCUUACUUGACUAAAACAAAUAGUCUUUCUUAAAAAACUGUUUAAGUAACAUCAAUUUCAAGAACAUUGGGUGUUGACAGCCUCUUAAGCUAUCGAAUAAAUUUAGACUAGCAGUACUGAUGGUAAAAAUCAUAUGGUGUAUGCAGUGACUUGUCCAGUUUUAUCUGACACUUUACUUUCUAUAUAAUUAAAUGUAUAUUAAUCUUUAUUAGGCAUGUGAUGUCUUCAAUUUGGCCCUAAACUGACAAUGAAACCAAAAAGUACCUCAAAAGUUGACCGAAAUCGAAAUGAUUAGCAACGAAUGUAAACAAAUUGUUUUGUGCUUGCCGUAUCUUGCCUUAGCUUAUUGGAUAGAACUACAUAUUUUGCCUAAUUAUGUGUAAAGUGACUUUGUUUCUAGAAUCGAAUGCUACAUCGAAUACUUUUUAUCGCUUUUAUGCUAUCAAUUUUUGGAUCAAUAGAAUGACCGAAUGCAUCCAACCCAACCAUAGCGGCUGGAUUUUGCCUUAUCCUGACGGUCAGUACUGACGAUUUGUCAGUUGGUCUUUCUUAUUUAGCAUUAUUACGACCAUUCUUUAUUCAACAUUCAAAACCCAUCUUCGACAAACGAUCUUUUUAACGUUUGCGGUAGCCGCCAGUGGAUGCGAACGGUGUCUGUGUACUUUUGAGACUUGUAUAGGAUGGCACGGACUAUUCGCACUUGGCUUUUUCAAGUGGCAAGGACGCAGACAGACAAUGAUAGAAAGUUCGUUUACCUCUAUCGCUCUUGGUUGAACACUCAAGCUAUAGAGAUAUAAAGAAAUUUUGUUGUUCAUGGGAGGCCUUCAGGACCGUACGUCAGGGAAAAAAUCCAAUUUGCUACGUAAGUAGUAAUUACUUUACCUACGUUACCGAUUCAUUGUAAAAAAAAAUGCAUCUUUUAUGAUUUAAUCGCAAAUAAAGAAUGAUUUAUAGUAAUUUGAGACGAAUGUAUUGUGCUUCAUUCUGUAUUUAGUAGGUACCUAUGUUUUCAAAAUUGUUAAGUAUUCCUUUACUAAGAAACAGUCACUUGAAACUUGUCAUAGUCUGGAAACAUGUACCUACCGAUGUACUUAAUCUGGGACAUAAUUCCACAUUGUUAUUUGACAGCUUGUAACAUAACAAUCUAUAUAUGGCCAUCAUAAAAAAAAUCCAAUGACAUCAACAAUUGAAAAUUGGAUGCAUUUUAAAUGGAAAAUUUUCAUGUCACGAUCUGUUCAUAUAACAUGUGGAAAUUGACUCCAGUACUUACUACACUAGAGUUGUAAUAUAUUAUAUUUAAAGCACCCAGUUAUGGGCGAUCAUCGUAAUAUUAAGAUUAUUCCGGUGAAUAAAACUGUGUAAAUCUCUAA